AUGAGCUGUAAUCAGUUACGUGAUCGACAACAAAACACGUUGAUUAGGCGGAUUGGCAUUACCACGGUCAAUCGGAACUGCCUGUCCCAGUCCCAACAUACUGCAUUACUAUCAACGCCCAAAGGGUGGACGCCACACGGUUUGAGUUUCAUAAUAAAAAAAUGUCGGAAAACAGGUGGGCCGGCUGCGAACGGCCGUCAUCGUGAGACCGGAAAACACGCAUUCUUUGACGUAAACACGACGAUUUGGCCUCAUUUUGUUAAACAAUUUCUUCAAAGUGCAGAAUACAAUUUAGCUCCAGCCACAAGGAUAAUAUUAACAAAAAUAUUACCCUCGAGAUUGAACUUUUCCGACCCGAAAUGGUCCAGCUACAGAAGCACUCAAACCGAGUUAUGUCGAUUUUUGAGCAAUUUUAAUCCAGACUGUGAUUCAAUUAAUUGGAAGGGAGAUUUUUUCAGAACUUUAACAUCUUUGAUAUUUAAUUAUAUGGUCCAAGUACUUUGUAGUGGUCGAAUAUCAAAGAAACAAAAAAUGGCACAUGUGAUUCUAAAGAAGAUUAAUAAUGUAACCAACGAAUACGUGUUACUUAACUCACCGGACAAUUUUCUACAAGGGGUACAAAUAUUUGUAGCCAAUAUGCUAUCUCCAUGGCUAGAGAAACCCAUAAAUUAUAUCUGCAGUAAAGUCACUAGUAAUAAAGAUGUUUUAAUAAUGAACAAAAACACGGUUAACGAAAUUGAGAAUCAAAAAAUUGGUAUCGAAACAAAUGAUUCAAAAACCAAUGAAUUAAGUAAAAAUAAAACAAAUAGACUUAAAUUAAAAACCACAAAAAAAUCAAAAAUUAACCAAAAAUCAAAAAUUGGUAAAUUUACAAAAACUAUCGGUAAACGCAGAUUGUCCUUGCAAAACUCCUACAAAGCUACAAAAAUAAUUAAAACUAACAGAAAAUCGAAAAAAGGUUUGAAAUUUUCCCCAGUGAUUACUGCGGUAGAUGACUCGGAGAAAAUAAUUGAAAACCAUGAAAUAUUAUCGAAUUUGGUCCUCGUAAGGCAUCCAGUCAUUAAAAAUACUUCUAAGAAAAAAAUAAAAAAUAAUAAGAUGUCAAAUCCCUUUAAGAGUAAGAAUAACCAGAAAUUCAAAAAAAGUAAAAGUUCAAAAACCUUCGUGAAAGGCAGCUUGUCUUCGCAAAACUCCAAUAAAGUUACAAAAACGAACGGUAAAUCAAAAAAAGGUAUGCAAUUUACCCCAGUGAUUGCUGUGGUGGAUGACUCAAACAAAAUUUUUAAAAACCAUGAAAUAUUAUCGAAUUCUGUUCUUGUAAGUCGUCCAGGCAGUAAAAGUACAAUUAAGAAGAAAAUAAAAAAUAAUAAGAAAUUGACAUCAGUAAUUGAUGCGGUGCAUGACUCAAACAAAAUUUUUGAAAACCAUGAAAUAUUAUCGAAUUCUGUUUUCGCAAGUCGUCCAGGCAGUAAAAGUACAAUUAAGAAGAAAAUAAAAAAUAAUAAGAAGUCAAACCACAUUAAGAGUAAAAAUAACCAGAAAUCCAAAAAAAAAAUUUCAAAAACCAUUGUUAAGGGCAGCUUGUCCUUGCAAAACCACAAUAAAGCUACAAAAAAAAAAAUUAACGGAAAAUCGAAAAAAGGUUUGAAAUCGGUGACAGUAAUUGCUGCAGACGACUCAGAGAAAAUUAGUGGAAACAAUCAAAUUUUAUCAAAUUCUGUCCUCAUAAAGCAUUCAGUCAGUAAAAAUGUAAGUAAAACGAAAAUAAAAAGUGAAAAGACCUUAAACAUUCUUGAGGAUGUUAGCAACACUAAUGGUCGUGGUGAGUACACAAAUGUGGAAAAUGGUAACAAUGAAUCGAUGACAAGUAAUGAAAAGUUAUCAAAAUCAACGAAACAACCACAAAAUUACAAUACAUUUGAAGCAGACAGCAAUGGCGUUAACAAAAACAAAUUCAUUAACGGCGAUGUAGAAUCAUUCAGAUCAGCAACAGACGCAGAGAAUACUCAUGCUAUGAUUGACACUACUCACGAUGGAAGAAACGACGAUGGUCAAAGAAUUGAAACAGUGAAAAUUCGUUCGAAAUCACAAUAUGAUGGUGAUGGUAAACUGUUAUUAUCAAAACACGGUGGUAAGCCGACAACUACGAUACCAAACAGAAUAACGGAUAGCCAUUAUUAUAAUGCAAACGAAGAUGACGGAGUACUGUAUGUGACGGAUUAUAGUAAACAUUCAGUAACGGCGGCCAAUAAUUUGUCGGGAGAAAAUGAUAUCAACAUAUUGAGAGGCGAAGAAUUAAUAAAAUAUAAUGAGAAUACUUCGAUUAACCUAGAUGAUGAUGGUUAUAGUGACGUCAAUACAGACUAUGAUAAUGGUUUUGACGAUGAUGACGGACAUCGUAUUAUAAUUAAGAACGAAGAUGGGGAAGAACUCGAAUCUCGCAUUUUGGACGAUCUUGCAAACGUAUUUUUGAAUAGUUCGCCGGCAGCUUGGAGUAAUAAACACGAGAAUGGUAUCACAGCUACAGAAUCAAGAGGAGACGAAUCUAAACGAAAUUGUUUUCAAAUAUGUUCGGAUGGUUUUGCACAGAGAUUACUAGCGGAUACUUUUAGAAAUAAAGCAUUGACACGUCCGGAAGUUUUUGAUCAAAGUACAGGAGUUGCCUACAAUAUUUGUAAAAAAGAUGGCAGCAAUUACAGUGUUCGCAAGACAAUACUGCCACAAAGCAAAAAUAGAGAUCUUCAAUGUACCAUGUGUCCAUUAGAUAAAUCCAAAUUAGUGGUUAACACAUUAAUUGAACUGAAGAAUUAA